AAGGGGAGGGACUCCCGACGACAAGUCUGAGGCGCUGCUGUGCUCCACGCUGGGGCUGCACCAGUGCAAUGUUUUAAUCCUAAACUCGAUCCCCCGCUUGUUUGCUUUGCGUAAGAGUCACGCUACGACGCAUCGCGCUUUUUUUCUCCCCCCCUGUUUUUUUUUUUUUUUUUUUAAUUUUUGGUCUAAAAGCUCGUUUGGCUCGGCUCAGCCUGGCCCGGGCCUGGCCUGCACGCCCUGCGUGUGCAGAGGGGAGGCUUGUGGUGCAGGCUAAUGGCACCUGAUCGACCUAAUCACAGGCACGAGCACGCGUCAAGUUUGGUCGUGAACUUUGUCACAUUUCGGAAUCAUGUCCAGGGCGCUGUUGGCGAGAAACUGCAGGAGAGCACUACCGCUAAUCUACGGGGGGCGCAGAGGCACCGACACACUUUCAGGAGUUCAUCUGGCUGCGAGGCGGUUCAUCGUAGAUAUGUCCUACUCGGCGCACUUCAUGGAUUUUAAAGGAUCCUCCAUAGCGAGCAGUAUGAAAAAGCUGGUAGUCACCAAGCUCAGCCCGAAUUUCAGAGAGGCCGUUUCUACGCAAACCGUGGCCGUUCCGACACCCGGAGACGCGGACUUGCUGGUCAGAAAUCGUUUUGUGGGAAUCAACGCCUCAGACAUUAAUUACUCAGCGGGCCGUUACGACCCUUCGGUGAAGCCUCCCUUUGAUGCAGGUUUUGAGGGCAUUGGGGAGGUUGUCGGCCUUGGCCUUAGCGCGAGCUCCCGCUACACCGUCGGGGAUACUGUGGCCUACUUCGGCAGUGGCGCGUUUGCCGAGUACACGGUGGUCCCAGCCAAGGAAGCUGUGCCUGUUCCUGCGGUGAAGCCAGAGUUCCUCACCCUUUUGGUCAGUGGCGCCACGGCUUAUAUUGCCUUAAAACGUCUGGGCGACCUGGCUAAAGGUGAGACUGUCCUGGUCACGGCAGCCGCAGGAGGAACGGGACAGUUCGCUGUGCAGUUUGCCAAGCAGGCUGGUUGCCAUGUCAUUGGGACCUGCUCGACCAACGAGAAAGCCGGUUUCCUCAAAUCCAUCGGCUGCGACAGGCCGAUCAACUACACCGCUGAAGACUUGGCUAAGACCCUGAGGAAAGAGUAUCCACAAGGCAUAGACGUGGUCUAUGAGUCAGUCGGAGGGAGCGUCUUAGAGCUCGCAGUAAACAGUCUGGCCAAUAAAGGCCGGCUGAUAGUGAUUGGCUUCAUCUCAGGGUACCAGAGCGCUUCAGGGAUCCCACCUUUCAAAGGAGGAACGCUACCAGUCAAGCUACUCCAGAAGUCGGCCAGCAUUCGGGGUUUCUUCUUGCCCCACUUCUUAGGUGUGACCCCAGCAUGCAAAGCUGCUACCUUCACCAGACGGUGCAGGAAAUCAGAAACACACCAGGCCAAGGCGGUUCUGAAUCCGUAGUGGAGCAAGUCAGAACACCUCUCAAAGUCACUCACACGUACGCCACAGCCUGUGUCAGCAAGAGACACCGUAGGUAUGUUUGUUGCUUUGAGUCAGGCCCGUAAUGUCUUACGUGCACGGUUAUUUUCAAUUUUCCGAGUAGCUGUUAGUUUUUUUGUUUGUUUUUUUAAAAAACUAUUUUUAGCUGCUUAAAAAUAUGUGUGCAUGUUAAUCAUUGUUUCUGUUACAGUUGGAGUUGGAUGACUCACGCUAGUCGAUGCUUGCCAUGUUUUUGUGUAGCUUGCUCUUACAAAUUUAGGUUGAAAAUUAUUUACUUAAAUCACGGAUGUGACGUUUUUGCACUCAUUUAUUCAGUAUUUAAAGCACCACAUCUGUGAUCUAAAGCCUCUCGGGUCAGAAUAAAAACAAUUUUUUACCCAUGAAAGUUCAACUUUGAUUGCACAAUUUAAAAAAAAUGUUUUUAAAGAUUUUUUUAUGGACAGUAAUUAAAGCAGAAAUGGAAGUACUGGGAAUUGCAUAGGCGUAAGUGACCAAGAGAGCAAACACACUUUAAAUGACUGCCAGUCACCUCUUAACACCACUGCUUGCUCAGGAGUUAAAAUGAAAAAAGAAAAGCAAGCUCUUACAUGCCGGCCACACAAAAGGUGAGAGGAGUGAUGAUGCACGUGGGUGCGUAGACGAAUUUAGCAUGCGUCAGUACUCCUGUGCAUCCAUGUUGGACUGUGAGGAGAAGGAGGAGGCCGGGUGUAGCAUCUCUUCAAUUAACAGGAGAGGCCCUGUCUCGCCGUCCUCCGGGGCCUACCUGUACCUCCACUGAUUAGUGAGCAGUCACAGCCCCAAUUAGAGAACACAGGAACCUAGAGAGACAACACUCUUUAUUUAAUUGGAUUGUGUUGCAGUCCUAGGCUGCUAACUGGCAUCGUAUUGAAGCAACCUGGAACUGCAGAGUGUAAACAAGACAUUAAAGAUGGUGAAGGUCUUCUAGAAAAGUAUUCACCGGCUGCUGUGAGGUGGUGAAAGAAAGGAGAAAAAAAUCAAGAAAUUAGAAAUCAUGCUAAGUGUCUCUCUCAUUUUAGUUUUGUUGCUGCUCCUCAGAAGGGACAAACACUAACACACAAACUUAAAUAGGUGAUGUACAUGGAAGGAAUGAAGGGUAAACUUCAUUUUCCCUUUAAUGUGAAUGCGGAUGACAUUGUAAUGCAUGCAAUGCAAAUGUAAUAUACUGAUUAUCGCAAGUAUUAUCAAACUGAUUGCAUAGGAAUUUAUAACAUUGGAAAAAGUUGAAUGUGUUGCCUCCAUUGGAUCGCCAUCUAUUCCCAGGAAUUUACCUUGUGUACUAGCUACUGUGUAGCAUUUCAGAUGGCAUAAGAUUGUAGUUUUAUUUUACAUUUACUACAACAGCUACUAUGUAACAUUUAAGGAGAAAACAUUCAGAAAUAAAAAGCUGAAUCCAUGAAAAUUAAGCACACUGAGGGCUAUUUUUGCUACUACAGUCAUAUUUACUCUGGUGUGACUUUUAAAAGUUGACUUCUUUAAGCUAAUGGCAGAGAACCAAAUAUAGUCUUUAGUGUAUAACACUGUGCACUCAGUCUGCUUAUGUUAUAUUUCCUCACUAUUUGUGCUUUAGUUUCACUUUGAUGCAGCAAUUAUGGAGUAAUUGUCACUUGUGACCAUGGUGGCCACAAGCUCAGCAAAGUUAAAUGUACUCUACGUUUGAAAUAAAAAUGUUCAGUCGUUUCUUCUUUUUUCCACCUUUACGUUAAUUAGCGGUGAUCACAACUUUUUUUGUAGCUCUCAAGUCCACUUUAAUUUGCCAUCCAAGACAACAGCGCGGUGCCGGAUUUUAUUGUUGUACGCUGACAUUCAGGGUAGGAAAAUUCUCAAAGGUCUCCCUCUUGUUCCUUUUUUUCCCUGCUAAAUCCUCUUUUUUUUCAUAGUUUCUUCUUGCUGGAAUAUGUGGCACAUAACAAAGACAUCACCCUCUUUAGUGUGGGAUGGUAGUCUACCUCCAGGCACCUAAGGGACACUGGCUGGCUGCUCGGUGCUGCCAGGAUCUAGACAGUCCAGUUUCUUUCUCUGCAAGUCAGUCAGGCCCUCUCAACUCCCCAACUCCCUGAGCCCCCAUCACUCCUACCUCCGCCUAAUUACCAAACCUAAAACCCCACUCAACUAAUUAGCCACAGCAGACCCAGGAACUGUGAGUAAAGGUAAAGAGAUGGCUUCAUUCAAGUGUGUGUGUGUGUCGGUGUGUGUGGUGGGGGGGGGUAUGUGUUAAAGAGAGGGAGAGUGAAAAGAAAAGACAAGAGGAAAGGGAAAUGGAAUAUUCAAGUCUCCUUUAGCGUGCACGUCUCUACAGCCAAUUAAAGUCAUUUAUUUUAACUCUUUGCAAAACCUGUGAGUUGUGCAUGACAGCAUGACAGGGGGGAUGUGUUUGUGGCUGUGCGCAUGUGUCUCAGGAUAUGUAGCCAUGCACGCAUCCGCGCCUAGCCUCGCACACAGACCCACAAGCGUCCACACGCGUCUCAGUAUGGCUGGCAGUCUGUCGGCUUCUCUGUCUAUCAGCAGAGGGAGAGCUCAGUGGGACAUAAAUUACAAUAUGCAGCAGAACCACUUGUGUAAGUCUCAAUGAAGGGGAGGAAUAACUUUCUUAAUCAAGUUCCCGUGAUUAAUUGUAAUAAAGGUGUCAUCCGUAAAUGUGUCCUCCUGAUUGAGUAAUUCGGGGCCGGAGACAGUAAGCACAUCCCUGGUGAUUGGGGGGGCUGGACAAAGUGUGGAGGAGGGAGAGGGGGAAGGUUUGUGGAGGACAUAGUGAGACACAAAUAGCUCCUGGGCACACUGGCAGCCUUCGCACAACUGACAGUUAUGAAAUACAAUUAUCAGUGUGAUCUGCUUAAGAAUUCAUCAGCAGCUUCACCGGCCAAUAAAGACGUUCAGAGAGAGAGAGAGAGAGCAAGGGAGGAGCAGUGACACAAGAGGAGAGAAGGCCCCACUGAUUAAAUGAGGUUUUUAUUUUGUCCAACAGAUUGUUCACAUUAUGUUACACUAUUGUGAAAGGAUUAUCUGCAGCCUUCUUCCCGCUCUAAGAAUUCCCCAUUUUGUACCAUAUUAUCCAUUUAACCUCUGUUCCAAACAACUGCAUUUAAUAAGGAUAAUCUUUUUUGUGUAUGGUCACUAUGAUUCAGUGGUUUCCAUGCCAAACCCUCCCUGAAAAAAUAAAUAAAAAAAAUAAGCUUAUGGGUUUUAGAUGAUAAAUGAGGUGACAUUUUAACUGUGGCUUGUUAAUACGGAACAAUGUCUUCUAAUGACCAAAAGUUACACUUGGCAUAUAUCAGCCGAAGAGUUCAAAAAAUCCUGUUCAUUUGAAUAUUUCUGAAAUCUUUGAAAAGUGACUUUUUUAAAUAUCCUAGAAUGAAAUGAACAAACAAAAGUCUGCCGAGAAAAAAAAACUACGAAUUCUUUUCUGUACUAGAAGUUUUUCAACAAUCACUGAGGUUCUGAUCUUUGAUUUGGGAACUGCUGGUUUAUGUUUCAAUAGCUAUAAACAUAUAACUUUAUGUCAAAGAUACUGUAUAAUACCAUACAAAAAUAAGUGCACCUGAGAGGUUUAGAUUCUUAUAAAUCACCCAAUAUUAUAUAUUCCACAGCUCUCACAAGAAUCACCUUGAAGUCUCUUUAGUGAUGAGAAUAAAGCUUUUGCUACAGUCCAGGUAGCACAAGAGAGAAAGGAAACCCUCUUUAAAGGUUUUAAGAAUCCGACAUAAUAAAAAUAAUCUUAGCAGGUCUUAAAAUGAGGUAAAUACAAACUUUGAUUAACUACAAAAAAUUAUAUUGCAGAAUUCUUUAUUUAACACAAAGUAAGCUAAAAGGCAGAAGCAGUGUGUUAAAAAAAUAAGUGCAAAAUUAAGUAGCAGCCAGGUGGUGAUAAUCAAAUACUUGAUUAACUGAUUGUUAGAAAGUGUGAGUACCUGCAUAAGAGUAGAGGUUUUGGUAGUUUGCUGCAGCAUUCAGGUGUGUUAACGUAGUACAGAGGAAGAAAUACAUCAGCAAUGAUGUUAGAGAACUAAUCGUUGCAGCCCAGCAGUUCAUGAAGGGUUAUAAGGGAAUUUUCAAACAUUUUGAAGUUCAUCAUUCUUCAGUAAAAAACAUUUUUCACAAGAGCAAAACAUUCGAGACACUUGCCAAUCUUCCCAGCAAGGUCAGACUGUGCAAUUGGAAAGUGCAAAAAACCCAAGAGCAACUCCUCUGACUCUGAAGACCUCGGUCAGCAAAUGCAAAAGUUCAUGUUAGAGGAAUUAGAAAAAGACUGAAAAAGUGCAGCUUGUUUGGAAAGGUUGAGGAAAGAGAAAGCUUUUGUAUCCCUAAAAAAAGGAAGCACAGCUUAGUUAUGAAUAACCCACAAGAUAUGUUAGACGACGUCCUUUGGACAAAUGAGACAAAAGAAGAGAUGUUUGGCCAUAAUUUACAACCAAACGCAACAUAUCAGCACAAACACCUCAUACCAGCUGUCCAGCACGGUGGUGGCGGAGUGAUGAUUUGAAGUGUUACAGCAUGCAGCAAAAGGGGCAAAGAGUUAACACCCACCAACACAGGAGGAAACUGGUAGAAAUGGAGAGACACAAAGACGGGGCACAAAGAGUGAAAAAACGACAGGACUAUAAAUACACAAAAACAAAAUGAAAACAAGAUCCAGACCCAUAAUGAAAACCCCAAACCAUGACAGCCUCCUGCAAAACAUGGCACAGACUCUACACACUGAGCCCUUAUCUCAAAAUCGUCUGUGUGUAGUUACAUGAAGAGACUUUGAGACAUCCUAAAUCCACAUAAGAGCUGUUGCAAGUUCUCCCAGAGGAUUCCAGCAACGUACCUGCCAAAAGCCUCGAAACACCAGGUAGAAUCAUUUAAAAGGCAGAAACACUGAACUGAUUUAGAUGAUUUCCAUUUACUGCGCUUUGUGAGGUUCAAUUCACAUAAUUCACGCUAAAAUGUUUAUAUCAUAAACUAGACGUGCACAAAUAUUUUACACAAAGCUUUGCCUGAACUGAACAUUUUUGCCUAAAUAAAGAGCACCGAGUUGGACAACCAAAAGCUUUUAGAUCAAGCAUGGUAACCAAGGUAACUUUUGACAAAUGAUAAUUGUGUGCUAGUGGUCAAGUUCAAGAGCAACUCAAAAAAAAGCACACAUUUUUAACAAUGAUGAUUUAAUACUAAAAAAAAACAUUGGAACAGUUUUAAUUUAUAACCAUCAUAGCAGUGUAAUAAAACAUUAUUCUAAUACACUGUGCCACCUUUAAACAUAGUGCAUAAAAGAUCAAAACGAGCACUAAUGUUUCUAUUUGACAGAUAAAAUCACACUCGGUAACAUUCAUCAUGUCUUUCUGCCUACAUUGACCCUUCGGGGCAUCUUUUGUGGCCUCAGGAGGGGAGUGAGGGUCCCUCGCUGGGUCUGUUCAGAUGUAGAUAUACAUUCAGGUGAAAGGCAAGGGCGCUAUUCACCACUGCAGGAUUAAUGGCAACAUCGUCACCAGGCUGACCAGCCCCACAUUUCUAUUGGCUGGAUAAAGAGGAAAAGAAAAGAUGGCGGUGGGAACAAGGGGAAAUAUGAACACCCUGUCGGUGUGAUGACGGACAGGUCCUCAGCCCAGCUCCCCCAGGUCCCUCCCCGUCCUCAUUCUUUACUGGCCCGAGUUGGCUAGUGAGGCAGCAUCUCUGCGGCCAAGGACACAAGGGUGUCAGCGAUGCGUCUGGGUAACAUCGUUCAUCAGGGCGCAUCGGUAAUGGGUAGCUCUCUGUGACAGUGGUCAUCAGGACACAAAAGCAAAAGGGCCUAUAAACAUCACAUGACAGAUGGCUGGGAGGACAGCUUUGGACAGGGAGGGAGGGAUGGAAAGCGAGAGAUAAAGUGAGCUAGAGGUAGAAGGACAGAGCUGGAAGAGAGAUCUCAGGCUGGAUUGUUAAGUCUUAGGAAAAGUCUCAAGUGCUGGAUGGUUUAUGAAUGCCCAUGUUCAAUGUCAGCUGUGAAGGGAAAAACUAGAACCCACCGGGGAAAUGCUUCGCAGCUGACGUCCGACAAAAAGCCAUCAAAUGAGCAAAGUCGGUGCAAAAUAGCCCAGUGAAAUAGUUGAUCUGCAGAAAUGAAUGCAAAUUAUUUUGUCUCAUUGCAGUGAAAACACCAGUUUUUAACAUUUGUAAUACAUCUGAAAUGCUGUUCUGCUGUUUUUUAUGCAAAGUUUAAUUUUAAGAGUUUGUAUUUUCCUUUCUUUUCUUUUUUUAGUCUCCUGGUUAGUUUAACUCUAUUUCAGUCAUGACUUUGGCCAAUUAGUGCAGUGAAACACCUUCAGCAUGGUGGGUGCGGUCUAAGAAAACAGAUAAACGGCAAGUCCGAUAUGAAAGAUGUGCAAGCUUAAAAGCCUAACAGUGAAAGAAUUUUUUUUUUAAAAAACUGUGCUUGGAAAGUAAGAAUGAGACUUUCAGGGCGAUGCAAGAGGACUUCACCAAAAGGACGUUUAGCACAAUUUUCACUUUGAAAAGUUUGAUAGAUAAGUGCCCCCCACUGGAAGAGAUGCUGAAGGAGUUUUUCAAGAAAUUACAGUCUUAAGCAGUCUGAGGCGGAGUGAAAGUUAAGGAAUAAUUAUGGAGGUGAUAGCAAUGACAGAAAGCGAGAAACAGGUUGUGUGAAAAUGAGGUGAGGCGAAGGUGUCGAGGGCUGUCACAGAACUGACUGCAGAACCUGUUGUAGGUCCCUGUAGAGGGAAGGCAAUUGUUGUGUUAGCAACACCUUUGUCACCUCGGGAUGUAUACUUUGUCUCUGCGUGUUUACAGGGACAUCAAAUCCCAAAUGUGAAGUAUCGUCUUCAAAACAGAGGGAAGUACAGCUCUCUGUCCUCCAUAGCGACGCCGCGGGCCAUGCUACGUCUUUUUCUUUGUUUUGUGGAAACAGCCUUGCCCGUCCAUUAAUCGUCAUCCAUCCAUCCUGCGCACCUGUAUAUAAAAGGGAAAUUAGAAUAUCCAUCACUUGAGCGAAACGUCACCGUGAUUGAUGGGUUAGUCACAGGAUCCCCUCCGUUUCCUCCUCAAGUCUGUGUUUCAGCAGUGAGAAGUGAACAUUAUCUAGCGCCAUGAUCAGAUUUAGUCCACACAUUUCCAUCUAGGAGAGCAUUUUUGAGCGGAUGAUACACAAUCCACGCGAGGAGGCAGCCAGCAGAAGGUUUAUGGAAAUCUAAUAUCAUAAGGCUUUUUGGUUUGUUAGACUUGUUAUUCGUGGAGUGGGCUGGUGACACUUUUGAUGUAACAGUAUAAGACAAUGUAACGAGGCAGAAUCUCAUUUUGUUGAAGUGUUUCUGUCAAACUAUGGUCUGAAGGAUGAUGGGGAAAAUCUGUGCAAACAGGUUUUGAGUGGGGUGUGCUAAGACUAAAAUACCAACUGUUCUCAGAGAGAAGCCUUUGGUAAAUAACAGGAAACAUCCUCUGAGAAGGCGAUAUGAAUGCCAGGGAGUGUGGAAUCCAUAUUUGCCUUUUUUUUUUAACGUAAAGUAAAAAGCAAAUGGUUAAAAAAAAAAAGCAUAAAUAGAUGGGGCAAACAGAUGAUGGGAAUGUAACUUGGAACUGAGAUGGAAACUGCUUCUUGUCAUAAUCAUCUGCUGUCAAUCCAGAAACAUCGUUUAAAAAUCCAUCCCGGUCAAGUUUAUGUCUCCUUCUUUGUCUGAUUCCCCCCUUUUUGUGUGUGUGCGCGUGUGUGUGCUUUGACGAGGUGGAGACAGGAGCCCUAACGCUGCAGGAUGGAGAAAGGUGAACAGGAAACAGAAGGUGCCCAUGGAGGAGGUAUAUGACAUCUGUCAGGAUCCAGGGUGGGCGGGGGAUUCAGCGCCCCCCUUCUGCCGGCCGAGGGUCACCCAUCGCACUGCAGUCGCUGAAGUUGUCACGACACCGUGACACUUCCUUGGCAAUGGUGGCUGAGAGCCGGACAGCCCUCGGACGUUCAAGACACACACAUAUUUUUGAGUAAAUUUGUCUGAGGGGAGUGGGGGGCAUUUUGUAUGAGCUGUUUGUUCCUUCUCUGUACAGAAAUGUCAGCGUCUUGCUUAUUGUUUCCUCUUUCUUUUUUUCCCCCCCUUCCCCUCUCUCUUCAGGGUCCUGGACAGAGGAAGGUCAGCUGACAUGGCAAGGUCGACAAACAAACAAACAGAAGGAAUUAAAAUGGAGAAAAACAGGGCAGAUGAAAUGUGGCGGUGUUUUGUUUUUUUUUGUUUGUGUUUUUUUUUAUCUGUGUGAGGGCUGAUGGCUUGUAGCAGCCAUUACUCUCUGUUGUGUCCUCUGCCCCCCAUUGGUUGCAACAACACCGCCUGGCACUGCUGCCAGUGUCACGUCAUCUCAUACUUCUGCUUAACUACACGGACAACAAGGGCCACUUCACACCAGGAUCAGUUUACUAUUUCUCAGGCAGCCGUGUUUGCUCAAGGUGGCAAAGGUCAUUCACAGUGGAUUUGAUAAAAAUAAUUUUCCUCAGCCAGCAUGAGUUCAAAUUAGAUUUUAUCCCUUUUUUUUCUCCUCGCCCUCUCUCUAUAUGAAGGGGAAAACAAAGGAAGUAUACCCGCAAAAGUCCACUCAAACGCUUCACAGAAGCCUGGACCCAGACCUCUAGCUCGCUGCCAAAUAUCUGAUUUCUUCAUGAAAUGGCAAUUCAGUCUGAUUAUCUCAUCAGGCUAAUUGGAGCAUCUUAAUGUUCUGUCUACACUGAUGAUGUCUGGCUACCCUCGCUUUUACAGCAUUUAUCACACAAACCAAAUGACAAUACGUUGACCUCAUGAUUAGCUCGGCUGGUCCACAAACGGACAGUUUAUAAAGAGAGAUUUGUUUGUUUGGUUGAAAAUCCUUUUAGAGUGAAAGAUGAGAAAUAUGGAUAAAUUAUAACUCUGAACUGAGCUUUAAGUCCUAAAUUCAUUCACAUUUAAUCUAUAUAGUGCAGGAAACUGUGCUGUAGGUACAUGUUAGGACAGUUUUAAACCAUAAACAAUUUUGUAGCCCUCUUGAGUGGCAGUCUUGUGAAAAGAUGAAAGGAUGUUGUUAUAGAUCAUGAUUUGAAAGUAAAGCCUUGCCUAGAAUUGUUCUUUGCCAGCUAUUGUGCAGAGUGCAAAGCACGAAGUCGAGCGAAUUCAGACUCAAGUGCAAGCAUCAAAGUUUUUCUGGUGCUAAAUUAAUUUCCAGCUCGCGCUUACAGAUGACAAAGAAUGAUGCCGUCAUUUAGGCUUCACCGCGUGGAGCCGGUAGGGUCCUCAUGACGUUCGGCUCGGGCUGCUGCAGGUGAAGCCUGGGCCUCACCCUCGCAGAUCUGUAUGCAGAGUGUGCCUUUAAAAAAAACAUGUUUCUUUUGUUUAUUCUUUGCGUUGUCUUUUCCUUUCUGUGUGGAGUUUUGACAUCGGAGAUGACAGGUGUCUGUGGAGUGGAGGAGGAGGAGGAGGAGGAGGAGAUGCUGGUAAGAAAACAAUCUUUGACUGCCUGUGGGUGAAGGCAGACUCCUCUAGGCAAAGCGGCCUUCAGCGUUUAGCUGGGGGCGCAGUAUCAAAAUCACAGCCACUGCUGUACCCCUAAGGCGCUAAUCUCAGCCAGUUACCGUCAAGUGCUGCUUCUUCUUUAUAUAAUCCUUCAUUCCCCCCCUUCCCUCGGCUCUCUCCAUCUCCGCCAUUCCUCCGUUUUCCCAGACCCAAUCCGCAGAGAUGUGAGGAUAAAUGACAGUUUGAGAAGGUGCAGGGGAAGCCAGGCAUCUUGAAUCCAACAAUGUUUCUUUGCUUACCAGUGUUAAAUCCAAACUGCGCCGCUUUCAGAAAAACGGUUUGCUGGAAUUGUAAUAUCAUAAUUAGCACGGCUUCUGUGCUUAUCUCCACUAAACUAGGCGUCUCACCAGAUGCCGAGGAGACCUCAGCCGUCAUUCAGCCGCCUAGAUGGAAAAGGGUUGUUGUUUGAUCACUGGAUGACUGCUAAUUUAAUAAGUGUUAACUAUGGUGCGGCCAAGCGAGCGGGAGGGAAAAAAAGAGAGAAAAAAGGGAGGGAAAAUGUUGAAGUAAAAAGCAUUAAGAUUAAAUGAUGACAUGUUCAACUGUGCGCAUAAUAUGAGGCUUAGUUAAGUACGCGCAUGCUGUUUGUCAAUUAUUUAAAACCCCAGGAAAUUAAGUCCAGGUAAUCUCAUAAGGUGUAAAUAACAUUCUUUUCCAUGGCAGCUUAAUUGAAUUCAUUUGACACUGUUUAGAAAUAACAGAAUUAGAUUUGCUUUCACAUGAAACUAAAGACUGUCACAGGGAGCACUUUGUAAAGUUGAAUAGAAUUGGAAUUAAAGUUUAGUAUUUCAAACACAUCUGGAGGGAUCAGAUAUGAGAAUAAUUGAAAUAACGGAGGAUUACUCGUGCUGCCUGCCUUUUGCAAAAGAAACCAGUGUGGACUAUGGUAAUGUUUGCAGCACGUCAGAGGUCAGAACUGACCUGUUAUCUGUGCGAGAGCGUCACAUAAAUGCCCCCAAAUGCAAAACAUUUGGCAUUAAAAAGGAUCUCGACCCUCUGCUGACUUCUAAAUGUGGAAUAAAUUCAAUUUCUACUCUCACUUCAAAACAUUUUCUGUAAUUAUUUUAAUCUUCAGUGUUUCACGUGGAAAGUAAGUUUAGUUCUCGUACAUUUAUUUGUUUGCCACCGCCGGUUAUUCCACUGCAGGCCCCCACUAUAUUAAAGCAUAAGCUGAAGACCUAAAAAAGAUAAGUAAAUGUGUUGCUGGUGAGGAAUGAAGCAAAGAUGUUUGACAGCGGGUUGUAAAGACCAGGCAAGCCAUGCAGACACAGAGACAGUGGCCUCAGGCAUUUCUGAUUUGGCCUUACUAGUGGGAUGGCAUGGCUUGACGCUAUUUAAACACACACACAUACAAACAUGCACGCACACACGCGCGCGCGCGGACAAACACAGCCACGAAGAGUUUUGAUGCAGACUGUAGGUGAAGGCCAGUGUAUGUCUGUCUUGUCUUGUGAGUGAGCGGGGCCGGAGAUGGAAGCUGGGUAGACAGAUUGGAGGGACGCAGGAGAAGAGGGGAAAUGGAGGGAUUAGAUGAAACCUUUCAGUGCGUGUCAUCAUCCCUGACAUUCUGUAGGGCUUGACCUUAACAGAGCAACAUUGUGUCAGAGACAGGGUCUCAUCACAGCCCACACACACACACACAUAUGGGCGCACAGAAAACUCUUCAGAGAUCCCGAUAGCCUGGACAUCAACAUCCAACAUAUUUUCAACCUGGGGAAUAAAAACAGAUAAGUCAGAUGAUCCUAAAAGUCAAGUAUCAACAACUGAGGAACUAUUAUGUAUCUCUGUUUUGAUGUUUAUUAUGCGCUGUGAUGACCUAUUUACUGAUUAGUGAGUGAUUACACUUGUUUUGUGCAAUUUAAGAAAAUGUGAUGAAAGAGUUUUGUGGAUGUGUUGCUUUCCCAAAUUUGCACAGUGUUGGUAGCGAGCUUUCCUUUCAAACUUGAUCAUUCAUUGCCUGGUAUUUCCAGUUGGUGUUCACAUCAGCUUUUGAAAUCAACAGUAAGAAGAAGAAAAGCAGACAUAAAGACUGACAGGUGACUCGUUUUUUUGACGACUAUCCCUCAUCAUCGUUGCCGCAUCCCACGGGGAAAUCAAGUUCCUUUGAUAGGCACCAGGAAGUGCAGCUCUGCUACUGAUCCUUACAUGUACAGCAGAUUUACAUUCUCUGGCAUCACAAGGUUGAAAGAAAAAUAUUACACGCGCCGUUAGUUAUGAUCACAACCUUGUUAUAAAUGACAAACACAGAGAAACAGGACAAAACGAAGCUCCGGGGUUUCGUUUUACACUUCCAUGGCAGAGGAGAGAUAAGAGAAAAUCAAAGAGAUAUGACUUUUAGUCAUUUCACAUCAAGCUUUAAAACUGUAAGACUGAUUUCAGUAGUGCAGCUUCAUAUGACAAAUGGGCAGUUUUGGGUGGUAUUAUCAAGGGUAAAGUGGGCUCAUGAGAGGAUGGUAUCCCAAUAAAAUUAAUUACAUUAAAAUUUCAAUAUAUUAAAAACGAAUUAUUAUUUCUUAAAUACAGGAAUACUUCCAGUCCCUCAGCCUAACUUUGGCAUAGCAUAACAUCUAUUAAUUCUGCUGAGAGGAUAUAGGAGUUACCAACACUACCACCAACCUGCAGCUUUGGUGUUGUUGUUUGUUUUUCAACUAUAUUUUCGCUGUAACAGGAUCCUCUAUGCUUCCAGCACUGCAAAAAUUAUUUGUUUGGCUUUUUCAUGGAAUGGUAUUCUGUGUAAUUCUCUCUCUUUCUCACCCACCCCCACCUCAUGCAUGUGUGUGUCGCAGGGAAUAUUGUCGAGGCUUGUUGCCAACUUUAAAUAAAACCUAUUAUUCUCGUUAUUUGAGCC